UGCAAAAGAGUAAUUGACUCGACAAAUUUGGCUAGUACUACUUACAACUCUCUUGGCUCUGGCAUUUUGGUGAACAAAAGCAGAUGAACUAAAGAAGGGCGCAUCCCAGUGAAACGUAGCGUUUGAGGACAUAAGAAAAAUGAACGGCGUCGUUUUAGUGGUUGUUCCUGCGACGGCUCUACCGCUUCUUGAAAACCCAAAAUCCAGAAAGGGAGUUACCGUUACCGUCGUGUUUGUUUCUUUUUCCCCAGGAAAAAGGAAUCGAAUUUUCUCAGAAACCAAACGGGGCGAAAUAUUGGCUUUCUUUUGUUUUUUUUUUUGGCUCUGAUUGUUGCUAGGAAAUGCAAACCUUAGGAACUUUACGACCUCGAUUCACGGAGCUAUUGAAGCGUCCUUGGCUUACUAAACCAUUUAACUUGCGAGCAUUCUCGUCUACACCUCCUGCUGCAUACACCAACCAGUCUCGCGGUGGCCUUCCUCGCUUCUUCUCUGAAACUCUUCCUUCUUCCAAGGGCGGUGUUAUUCGCGUACAAGGAGAUGAAUUUUGGCAUAUGACUAAAGUUCUAAGGUUGAAAACUGACGACAGAAUAGAGCUCUUCAACGGGAAAGGAGGUUUAGUAGAAGGGUGUAUACAAAACAUUGACCGCACCGCAAUCGAUUUUGUGGCUUUGGAAGAACCAAAGUUAGUUCUUCCGCAGAGCCAGUGGCAUGUAUUUGCUGCUUUUGGUUCACUGAAGGGUGGUCGAGCUGACUGGCUUGUUGAGAAGUGUACUGAACUGGGAGCUACUAGUGUGACACCUUUGCUGACAGAACGUUCUUCUGUCAUCGCUGACAAUCGGGUGGAAAGAUUGCAGCGUGUCAUUUUAGCAGCAACUAAACAAUGCCAACGGUUGCAUGAAAUGAAAUUGAAUCAUCCUAUGAAGAUUGAUAAUCUUGUACCUCUUGUUGCCAAGUCGAAGCUGUCUUUUAUAGCCAUAGCAGAAGCUACUCCUCUUGUUGGUGCAUUGACUUCAACAAGAACAGAAUCUAGUGGGCUAAUAAUAGUUGGACCAGAAGGGGGUUAGUAUGCACAACAUAUUAAUCCUCCUACCCUUUUACUGCAUUUGCAGAUUUUACAGAGAAAGAGGUGAAUAUGAUUAUUGAAGCAGGUUCUACAGCAGUUGGUCUUGGGCCUCAUCGAUUGCGUGUUGAAACUGCAACUAUAGCUAUUUUGGCGACCCUAAUGCUAUGGUCUGACUCACAGCAAAUCACCAACCCCUAAGCACUAGUGCAGCAAAUGGACCAGGAGAUGAUAGUUCCCUUUCCUUUGGGACACCAAUGUGAAUGGAUGUAAUGAUUCGUACAUCAUAAUGGCUGGAAGAGGGAAAGGAGGUCCAGAGUCAUCCUUUUGGCACAAGUGACUGUCACUUUUCUUUUGUUGGGAAAUUUUGCAAUCGAAUCGAUUUGCUUCAGGCAAAUUUCUUACCUUUGUUUUUAAUAUUAACAAUUACCAAUAUUAAGCUUCACUUUCAUUGUGCUAGCAAAAUUGUUUGUUCAUUAGAUCUGACUAGUUUUAAGUUAAGCUCACGUUAUGUUUGUUAUGGAAUUCAUCACUAUUAUAAAUUUAUUUAUUCCUCAUCUUCCCCAACUUUCA